AUGGUUGAAAAUGAAGUAAAUGACCAGGAUAUAAGAUUUGUGCGUAGCAGGGAACGGCUGGAUGGAAGACCAACGAUUCGUUCAUUUUUUAACAAGGAUGGUUUGUUAUUAAAAACAUAUGGUUGGAUAGUAAAAAAUGCGGUGGGCCUUAUUGUAUUAAUUCAUGGAUUAAAUUCACACACAAGGUUCUCAUUUUUGAGACAUAACGUCCAUGUGUUAAAUAAUAAUAGAGCAAUAUUAAUGGACGGAAAUAAUUAUUACAUUUAUAAAGAUAGCUGGGUAGAACAUUUUAAUAAACAUGGAUAUUCCGUUUUUGGGUUAGAUUUACAAGGUCAUGGCGAAUCAGAAGGGUGGAAUAAUUUAAGCCUUAAUGUAAAAGAUUUUGAUGAUUUAGUACACGAUGUGCUCGACUAUAUUCCAAAAAUUCAAAAUGAUAGCAUACAAUAUUUGAAUAAUGAUAGUGGCACAAAUAGUACAAGCAAUAGUGAUAGCAGAAGAAGAGGUGAGUCGUCUAGUAAUGAUCGUUUGGCCAAUCCAAUAAGAGCACCUCUUCCAGUAUAUCUAAUUGGUCAAUCUAUGGGCGGAAAUGUUGCUCUAAGGGCAUUACAGUUAGUCGGAAAAUAUAAGGGUCUUAAUAGAAGACUAAAUAUAAGAGGUUGUGUAUCAUUAUCUGGUAUGAUUUCUAUAGAAUCAUUAGGAUUACCAAGCUCAUACAUGUAUAAAUGUUUCUUGAUGCCCUUGUCAAGAUUCAUUUCUGAUUUCUUACCAACAUUAAGAUUUUUAUGCGAACGUCCGUAUAGAAGAUUUAAAUAUAUUCGUGACAUAGGUCGAUAUGACACAAUGCGUUAUAGAAGAGGUAUAACACUCAGACUUGCAUAUGAACUUUUAAAAGCAAUGUAUAAUUUAGACCGUGAUCUGAGACACAUGCCCACAGAUAUCCCGGUAAUGCUUAUUCAUUCUUCGAAGGACAAAUUGUGCUACCCUGGAGGCGUUAUUUCAUUUUAUAAUAGACUACAUAUUGGUAAUAAAGAACUGCACCUUUUGAAUUAUAUGGAGCAUAUGCUAACUAUGGAACCGGGAAAUGAAAGGGUCUUAUAUAAAAUUAUGUAUUGGCUUCAAAACAUGGCAAGGCCACAAACAGUCAGCGCUCCGAAGAUUAAUUAA